CGAUUGGCCCUCGCCUGUUGGGGGCUCCUCUCCCCGGGACUCCGGACUCCCGGGAAGUGGACUGGCACAGGAGGGGGUAAGCCAACUGUCUGUGCCGACCAAGUAGCAAGACCCCCGGCGUGAGGCGGCCUCAGCCGGCCAGGCCGUGAGAAGUACGCGGGACAGGGGCCGGCACCGAGGGACCAUGGCCCCGCAGAACCUGGGCACCUUCUGCCUGUUGCUGUUGUACCUCAUCGGGGCUGUGAUCGCCGGGCGGGAUUUCUAUAAGAUCUUGGGGGUGCCGCGCAGUGCCUCUAUAAAGGACAUUAAAAAGGCCUACAGGAAACUAGCCCUGCAGCUCCAUCCUGACAGGAAUCCUGAUGAUCCUCAAGCCCAGGAGAAAUUCCAGGAUCUAGGUGCUGCAUAUGAGGUGCUGUCAGAUAGUGAGAAACGGAAGCAGUAUGAUACUUACGGUGAGGAAGGGUUGAAAGAUGGUCAUCAGAGCUCCCAUGGAGACAUUUUUUCACACUUCUUUGGAGAUUUUGGUUUCAUGUUUGGAGGAACCCCUCGUCAGCAAGACAGAAACAUUCCAAGAGGAAGUGAUAUUAUUGUAGAUCUAGAAGUCACUUUGGAAGAAGUGUAUGCAGGAAAUUUUGUGGAAGUAGUUAGAAACAAGCCUGUGGCCAGGCAGGCUCCUGGCAAACGGAAAUGUAACUGUCGGCAAGAGAUGCGGACCACUCAGCUGGGCCCUGGGCGCUUCCAGAUGACCCAGGAAGUGGUCUGCGAUGAGUGUCCUAAUGUCAAACUAGUGAAUGAAGAACGAACACUGGAAGUAGAAAUAGAACCUGGAGUGAGAGAUGGCAUGGAGCACCCUUUCAUUGGAGAAGGUGAACCUCAUGUGGAUGGGGAACCUGGAGAUUUACGAUUCCGAAUCAAAGUUGUCAAGCACCGAACAUUUGAAAGAAGAGGAGAUGAUCUGUACACAAAUGUGACAAUCUCCCUGGUUGAGUCUCUGGUGGGCUUUGAGAUGGAUGUUACGCACUUGGAUGGUCACAAGGUACAUAUUUCCCGGGACAAGAUCACCAGGCCAGGAGCCAAGCUAUGGAAGAAAGGAGAAGGGCUCCCCAAUUUUGACAAUAACAAUAUCAAGGGCUCUUUGAUAAUCACUUUUGAUGUGGAUUUUCCUAAAGAACAGUUAACAGAGGAAGCAAGAGAAGGUAUCAAACAGCUUCUGAAACAAGGAUCAGUGCAGAAGGUAUACAAUGGACUGCAAGGAUAUUAACAGUGAAUAAAAUUGGACUUUGUUGAAAAUAA